CAAUAUUCCUAAUUCAAAAAAUAAUAAAAGUGAAUUAAUGGUGCUCUGCAAACUGAUUGACAAUGUUGCUCUUUCUCUCACAAAAAGCACAUUUUAGCACAAUUUGUCUUCUCACUUUAAGUCCAGAACACCCCUGGAGUGGCUUUUACAACAAACGGUACUUUAUAUAAACUUGAAAAACACAAAAGUGGUCUGUCUUGAAACAAUGUCUGUCAUUGCAUUGACCACAAACUGACAGCUCUAAUAUGACUUUAUUGUUUCCCAAAUGGGUGUCCUUGCCAGAUUCCAGGACCAGAAGACAACUUCCUCCACAGUGACAGCCUCUUUCAGUGCACGCAGGCACUGUGUGGAAGUGCAUUAUGGAGCUACCGAGUGCAGCGUCAACUCGCAGGGGACCCUCAUCACUGCACCACAAUACCUCCACAUCUACCUUGGCCUUUGACCAGCAUUUCACUUCAACAGCUAAAGGAAUACUCCUCCUCUCUGAGAUAGUGUGUGGCAUGUUGGUGUGGAUUCUGGUCGCGGGCACAGAUUAUUUUCAUCUCCCUGCUCUUAGCUGGGUGAUGUUUGUUGCCAUCGUUUUCUGGAUUUUAACGGUGUGCCUGUUUAUAAUUUACCUCACCAGAGCUCAUGACAGGUUACCACAGAUCCCCUGGACAACACUGUCUGUGUGCUUUGACUGCAGCGCGACAGCACUGUAUCUGGUAACAGCAGUGGUACAUGCUCUUUCUGUCAGCCAGGCCAUCAGAGGGCGACAUAACUACAACUGUUGGGCAGCAUCUGCAUUCUUUGCAUUUCUCACCACGCUGUGCUAUGCAGGGAGCAGCUGCCUGAGCCUUCACGCCUGGAAAAGCUCAGAAGAAGAGCAGUAGUCAUCACAUUUUCCCAUGUUUCAAAAAGGGUUGAAGCUUCCCUGUGCGUAACUAUUACAUAGAAGGGCAGGGGUGGCUGCCUUUAAUCAAUAAAUGUUGCAGAGAGUAUCACUAAGCAGCAGUGAGGUUGAGUUCACUGAUAUAUUUUAUCAGCUAAAAUAAACAAAGGAAUUUAACAGAGAGAGAAAACGACUUUUCUCUACAUUUGUGUGAAGUGGAAUUGUUACUUGUUGUAUCCACCUGUGCAACUGUCAUAUCUGAACAUAAGUCAAAAAUAAACAUGAAAAUGUAGGACAAAAGUCCACUUUCCAUCAACGUUUUUUCUUUUACAUUGCGUAGAAUCUAUUUACUUCUCCUUUGGUAAGAAUUAGUUUUGUUUCUAAUUUAAGUAUAGUAAAUUUGUGUUAUCAAAUGUCCCUA